UACAAGAAAUGUGCCAAGAAAUAGUUCGUGAAGAAUGCCGCGAAGAUCCUGGAAAGCGUAGCAUGCUAUGGUCAUUUGAGGACGUUAAUAUUGUACUAAGUAACAAUAUGGGAACAGAAGCAAUUCAAGGCAUGGCCUUAAAGUUGCUUGAAUUGAAAGAGGCAAAUUGGAAUCCUGAAUCCUUUUCAAAGAUGCGUCAUCUUAAAUUGCUUAUAAUUGAUAACGUUCACCUUUUACAUGAUCCCAAACAUCUACCAAAUAGUUUAAGAGUUUUUAUUUGGAGUGGGUACCCUUCAAAAUCUUUGCCAUCAAGUCUCCAUCUAAAGACUUUUGAGAGAUUGAAAUCCCUCCAAUUGAUCAAGUUUCAAAAAAUUAUUGAAACCCCCGACUUUCACAAAGUCCCUAUUCUUGAGAAAUUGGUUCUUGAAGAUUGUUUAAAUUUACCUAGGGUGCACCCAUCUAUUGGAGUUCAUAAAAAGUUAAUUCAUCUUUGUAUAAAAGGCUGUAGAAACCUCAGAAGUCUUCCAACCAAGCUUGAAAUGGAGUCUCUUGAGACUCUUAUUCUUUCUGGAUGCUCAAAAAUUAAAAAGAUUCCAGAAUUUGGAGAAAACAUGCGGCGUGUAUUGAAACUUUACUUAGAUGGAAUUGCUAUUACUAAACUACCCACAUCAAUUGGGCAUUUGACCAGCCUUUCUUUAUUGAAUAUAAAAGAUUGCAAAAGUCUCACGUGUCUACCAAGCACACUUUUUAAUUUGAAGUUGCUUAAAGAAAUGAAUAUUUCUGGAUGCUCAAAACUUGAGGGAUGGCCUGAGAUAUUGGGGAAUGCUGAAAGUGUAAAGGAGUUAGAUGUGUGUGGAACUGCUGUAAAAGAGGUGCCUUCUUCCAAUGGUCUCUUAAAAAAUCUUAUGCUAUCUCUCCGUGGAUGUAAAUCUAGAUCUUGGUAUGAUUUCCUCCCUUUUUAUUCAAGGCCAAAAAGUCCAAAUCCCGUGGGAUUGUUCUCUCUAUCAGGUUUGUGUUCUUUGACCAACUUGAAUCUAAGCGACUGCAAUCUCAGGGCAAUCCCAGAUGAUAUUGGUUGCUUAUUCUCUUUAGAGGAAAUAGUUCUAAAAGGAAAUAGUUUUGUUUGCCUUCCUGAUAGCAUCAGUCAACUAUGUAAGUUGAGAGGAAUGGAUUUGGAUAAUUGCAGGAGUCUUCGAUCAUUGCCAAAACUUCCAUUAAGUGUUGUACAUGUUUGGGGAGAAGGUUGUGCCUCACUGGAAAUGGUACCAGAUCUUCUAAAACCUAAUUCUUUUUGUGAGGCAGAGCUUUAUCUUUCAAAUUGCAGUAAACUGGCUGACAAUCAAGGUUUCAUUGACAUGUUUUUUACAGUGAUAAGAAAACAACUUCAGGGACUCUCUCUUUUCGGUAGAGUUGACAAGCCUAAUUACAAUUGGAGAUAUGACAUGGUUAUUCCUGGAAGUGUAAUUCCGAACUGGUUUAGGUAUCAAAGUAUGGGGGCUGAAGUGAAUAUAAAAGAACCUUCUUCUCAUUUUUGUUCUAAUGACUGGAUGGGGAUUGCUGUUUGUGUUGUAUUUUUUUCUAUUCCACAUCACCAAAACAAGGGCUACUAUUCACUGUUCUGUCGGUUGAUAGUGAAUGGAAAUAAAUUGAAUGUUGCUCCAAGCAUUAGUCGAGCAGUUAGUUCAUCAGAUAAUAUUUGGCUACUUUAUUUGCUUAAUCAAUACUGCAAGGAGUCAAAGGAGGACCUAAAACUACUGAAGGAAUGUGAAGCAAAUGAAUUCAGUGAGAUUGGCAUUAAAAUUGAAACCAUUCUAAAUGCGAAGGUGAAGAAAUGCGGGUUCCGUAUGGUAUACAAGAAAGACAUAGAAGAUCUAAACGAAACUAUGUCUCAAAGUAGCAACCCCAUCAUCAUUCCUUAUGAGGACUUGGGUGUUCUCCAUCAUAAUUCUGACAGUUCAAUGGUGGUAGGAGAAGGUAACAUAGCAAAGCGAACCCGUGACGAUUAUGAUUGCGCUAGGCCUAGUGGAGAAGGAAGCUCUAAUGAUAUGCCAAAUCCAAAAAGGAUUGAAAAGCUCCAAGAAUUUAAAACCCAUGGUAACUCUGAUUGUGCAGAGUCAAGUGAGUAGGAAUGUGAUGAGGAGUUUAGUGAUUGAAGAAUUCAAAUACUCUUUUUUUUGUGUUGGUUGCUCUCUUGAUGUUGGAUUAUUGGACUUGUUCAUGAGGAGAAACUAUCAUCACCAUGAGAAAGGAAGACAAGUGCAGUCCAUUGUAUGCUUCUGAAUUUCACUUGCUCUAAUAGAUUACAGGGUAAAAUAUGAAGUUUUGUUGCCUAUAUAUAGUUCAUUAUUUAAAAAAUUUUCAAAAUGCAAAAACAAUAUAUGCAUGCCACUGUAAACAUUAUAAUCGGAAUUAAUUGUUAUGUCAUUAUAGAUUAUAUAUGUUAACUCUUGUAUAAAUCACAAUCAAAAUGAUUAGUCUAGCUAGAUGUA